CAGGUGCAAACCCCGGCCCAGAGGCGCGCCAACGAAAAGCAUGCCAAAAACGUCGAGAAGCGAAUGGGCAAGCCCGAAUCCGCCUACAAGAAGCCAGAACCCAAGAGAUCUCCCGUCGGGGCGGUCGCGGUCGGCCUUCUCAUCUUCGUCGUCGUCGCUCCACUUCUGAUUGAGCAACUUCGUCUACUCCCGGCAGUCUGGACGUUCCUCACGGAUCUUUUGGCCAGGAUAGGCUUGUUGUCCAAAUGA